AUGCAUGAUCAAGUUGAGAAUAAUAAGUUAGAGAAAGAACAGAGAAGUCAAAUUCCCUUACCCCCACCUCCCCCAGGCCGUGGGAUACCUAUUUCCCCAUUUCGGAGACAGGAAGGGAGUGAUAGUAGUCAUAGUACAAAUUCAAUUGAUGUUAAGAGGAGGAAGGUGACUAUGAAUACUACUUUGGAGAAAGCAUUCCAGAAUAAUGCUAGACAUGAUUUAGAUAGCAGAAUUGUUAGGAUGUUUUACACCAGUGAGCUUCCGUUUAACUUUGCAAAAAACCCACUUUAUCGUAGUUCCUAUGCAUUUGCUGCUACCUAUAGCAUUCCGAGUUAUCUUCCUCCUGGAUACAAUGCCUUGAGAACAACACUUUUGCAAAAAGAAAGAGCUCAUGUUGAAAGACUUUUGAAACCAAUUAAGGACUCUUGGCUUGAAAAUGGUGUAAGUAUAGUUUCUGAUGGAUGGUCAGAUCCACAAAGGAAGCCUCUUAUUAAUAUUAUGGCUGUAUUAGAUGGGGGUUCAGUGUUUAUAAAGGCAAUUGAUGGGUCAGGUGAGUUCAAAGACAAGCAUUACAUUGCUGGGGGGUUGAAGGAUGCUAUAAAAGAGAUUGGAUAUGAAAAAGUUAUCCAAGUCAUCACUGAUAAUGCUAAUGUGAUGAAGUCUGCUGGAGCUCUUAUUGAGGGUGAGUAUCCUAAAAUAUUUUGGACACCUUGUGUUGUCCACACUCUAAAUUUAGUUUUGAAGAAUAUUUGUGCAGCAAAAAACACUGAAAAGAAUGAAGUUACAUAUGAGGAAUGUAGUUGGAUUACACGUGUUGUUGAUGAUGCAUCCUUCAUACGUGUUUUUAUCAUGAACCAUUCAAUGAGGUUGGCAAUGUUUAAUGAAUUUUGUCCAUUAAAACUGCUCCAAGUUGUUGAUACUAGAUUUGCUUCGGUGGUUGUAAUGUUGAAAAUGUUGAAGUUGAUAAAAAGAUUCCUUCAAGCCAUGGCUAUUAGUGACCAAUGGGCUUCUUAUAAGAAGGAUGAUGUUGGAAAAGCUCAAAAGGUAAAAGAUAUGAUUCUAAGUGAUCUUUGGUGGGAUAAUAUUGAUUAUAUCUUUAAAUUCACAGCACCCAUUUAUGAUAUGCUACGAAUAGCCGACACAGAUAAGCCUUGUCUUCAUCUUGUGUAUGAGAUGUGGGAUUCAAUGAUAGAGAAGGUGAAGGCAGUAACAUAUCUGUAUGAAGGCUUGGAAGAUGAUCAUUAUAGCUCAUUUUGGGGUGUGGUGUCUUACUCCAUUGAAUGGCUUUCGGAGAAUCCAAAACGCAUCCCUCCACAUCGGGAUCAUGAAAUUUCUAUAGAAAGAAGCAAGUGUUUGGAGCGAUACUUUGAAGAUGAGAAUGACUUAAUGGUGGUGAAGUUUGAGUUUGCUAAAUUUUCAGGAGGAGGGUUUCCUUCACCAAAUGCCUUGACAGAUAGGCACAAUGAAGAGUACAUACAUACAACAACAAAGAUGUGGGAUAUUGCAGAAGACUCUUGGAAUGAGAGCGACAUGCAUGAAGGAGCUGGAAUUCUUGAGAAUGCAGCUCUUACACUUGAUGAGCCAGAGUUGAAGGCCAUAGUUAUUGGGAAUGUUAACACUAGUGCUACUACUAGUGAAAGUGAAGUUCGAAGUGAAGCUAUUGAUCUUGAGGAUGAUAAUUUUUGUGUUUGA